AUGCACACCUCCCGCAACUUAUGCACACCUCCCGCAUGUCCAGACUGGCAGCAGGCGGCGGAGAGGGAGAAGUUUGCCGACUGUGUUGUCAUAGCAACCCCAGACCAGCAUCACAAGGCUCCCGCCGUGGCGUUCGCUGACCGAGGCUACCACAUACUUCUGGAGAAACCCAUGGGAGUUACAGAGUCCGACUGCCGUGAGAUAGUGUCCGCCUGUGAGAGGAACAACGUCAUCCUGUCAGUGUGCCACGUGCUGAGGUACUAUCCACCUGUCAGGAAGAUCAAGGAACUGAUUGACAGUGGAGCCAUUGGAGACAUAGUUCACAUCCAGCACAUGGAAGCAGUGGGAUUCUGGCCCUUUCCACAUGCCUUUGUACGUGGAAACUGGAGAAAAACUGACGACAGUAGCUUCUUGCUUCUCAUCAAGAGCUGCCACGAUGUCGAUCUUAUUACGUACUGGCUCCCUGAGUCAAGGUGUGUCAAGGUGUCCUCCUUUGGCAGUCUCAUGCACUUCAGGCACGAGAACAAGCCCGCAGGUGCAGCCAGCAGGUGUCUGGACUGCCAGGUGGAGAGCACCUGUCCUUACUCUGCCAAGAAGAUCUACCUGACGAGGGUGGAACAGGGAAUAACGGGCUGGCCAGUCAGUGUAGUGUGUCCUCAGGAACCGGUGGAUGUGGAGAGUCUAACCGAGGCUCUGAGAACUGGACCGUACGGACGUUGUGUGUACGAGUGCGACAACGACGUUGUUUCCAAUCAGGUGGUUAACUUCCAGUUUGACGGUGGCCAGACGGCUUCCUUCAACAUGGUGGCCUUUACUCAGGAGAUCUGUGAGCGACAGACCAGGAUCUCAGGAACCAAGGGUGAGCUACGCUGCUCCGGACCAGGCCCCGUGUAUGUCUAUGACUUCCUGACGCAGACGUCCACGGAGCAUCGCUGUGCAGUGGCGCCCCCUAGCAGGAUGGGUGAUAUGCACGGCGGUGCAGACUUCUUCCUCAUGGAUGCCUUUGUAAAGGCUGUACAGAGCGGUGACCGGUCCGAGGUACUGACCGGACCACAGGACACCUUGCAGAGCCACCUGCUGGUGUUUGCUGCCGAGCAGGCUCGACUUCAGGACAAAGUCAUGACUGUACACCUAGACGGCUCCUAUAGCUAAACACAAGUACAGGACAGAGUCAUGAAUGUACACCCAGAUGGUUCCUAUAGCUAAACACAACUACAGGACAGAGUCAUGACUGUACACCCAGAUGGCUCCUAUAGCU